AUGAAACACAGGCUGUCUCGUGACCUCUCGCUGCUUCUGAGUUCUCCGGCGCGAGUCCGCAGCACUGAGCCUUCUCUUUCUUGUCACUUGCAGUAUUCUGCUGAGAAACUGAGCAAAAGUGGCCAUUUGUUCCCUUUUGAGACCAACAACAGGUGCCCCUGGAAGGUCAUGAGUGGAGGACGGCCCAUUGGAAGCCAGUGCGCGGGGCCACUCUCGGCACUGCCCACCAAGUGACACUGCUGGUCCCUGUCGGAGCCAGAUGAGCUGGUACAAUGCCAGUCCCCGCGGCACCCCGCUGGCUCCAAGGUCUGGGCUCCUGUCUCCAAGAGGCCGUGCCCCGGCGGCGGGAGCGCCAUGCUACAGGGAAGCCCAGGUGCCAGCCUACCCGGGAGUGUCGCCAGCGGCUUCGUGGACGGCAGCUCGGGCUGGCCCUGGCGUCCUGCAGGGCCGUGCGUGCUCUCCUCGCAGCGCCGCCUGUCCCUCCUGCAGGAGCACCUGGCGGACGCCGGCACGCCCCUGCCCUCAGCCAGCAGCACCCCCUCGCCCACGCCCGAGCCGGGCCGGCGGCGGGGCCUGCUCCGGUGCCGCUCGCAGCUGUGCGUGCUCCUUGGGAGGAAGAGCCACCUCAAACGCAGGCGCCAGGACCACGCUCGAUGGCCGCGCCCAUCCUUGGACUUGGUGAAGAGGACCCGGGGGAGGUAUACUUUAAAAAAUUCAAAAAGCCUUUGCUCCCUCGAUUAUGAAGAUGAGGAUGAGCAUGACACCCUAGUGAAGACAGCCAUGUCCUCCCCAUGUGACCCUCACGGCCUCACGGGCAUCAUCAUGCCUGGCUCCAGCCCGUGGGCCCAGCAGGAGCGGGCGGCCCCCGAGGACGAGUGCAGGAGUGGCGGGGACCCCAGUGACUGAGACAGCGCUGGGGAGGAGGGCGUCUUCCCUCUGGACCACGGGGAGCUGGACCUGGAGCAGAUGGAGAAGAACUGA